AUGGGUGAUGUGGAGAAGAGCAAGAAGAUCUCUGUUCACAACUGUGCUUGGUGCCACACCAUCGAGAAGGAAGGCAAGCACAAGACGGGGCCCAAUUUGAGUGGCCUCUUUGGUGGAAAAACCAGCCAGUCUCCCGGCUUCUCCUACACAGAUGCCAAUAAGAACAAAGAUAUCAUCUGGGGAGAGGAUAUGCUGAUGGAAUACUUGGAAAACCCCAAGGAGUAUAUCCCUGGAACCAAAAUGAUCUUGGCAGGCAUUAAGAAGAAGGGAGAAAGGACAGACUUGAUAGCAUACCUUAAAAAGGCUACCAAUGAGUAA